ACUGUGUCAAGCAAGUAAAGACGACUGGCCAAUUGCAAUGCCCGGCAUGAACAACUGAAUUCGAGGUUGAAGGAAGAUAUAUGUCAGAAAAAAAUAAAAAAAACCAUCAUUCAGUUCAUCCUCUCGCUUUCUUGUUCUUAGUCUUUGUUCAAUCUUCGAGAUGCUUGCUGCCCCUCCUUGGAAAAAAGCCACUCCUUCAUUCGAAAAUAAAUUUCCAUGAAAACCCUGCCUGCCUGCCUCAUGCCCCCUUCUUCUACCACAGACAAUGUCGUACAUGGUUUGGAUGUGAGGUGGAGGAAAUGGUUGACCCAGCCCUGGCCCCCAACUUCCCUUUCCUUUUCAUCUCCAUCCCCCAAAAACCGAUGUCGGAAAGUUAAAAGAUCAAGAAGAGGAAAAAAAGAAAGGUUAGAAGGAGGAGGGUAAC